AUGGAAGUAGGCAUUGAGCUUUCCUUGGAGUGCUCGUGUCUUGGCCCGGGUGAUCGGAGCUUCCUCGCUUCCUUCCUUAGCAGCUUCCUUGCUUCCUUCCUUAGCAUCUUCCGUGCGCUCCAAGCUACCGAUGUCCUCAUCAGUGACACUGGCAAAAGGGUUGGCAUUAGAGUUGAUUUGAAUGAGGAACCACCUAUUUUGGGGUCAUCGUCUGUCGGUAUUGGUAGUGGGUAUAAACUCAGAGAUGAUGUUGAAGAUUGUGUCAACGAUCAAGGGACUUUUGAGGUUGAUGAUUGGGAUGUGGACACUCCGGUUGUUGAUGUUGAUGUUGAUGAUUGGGAUGUGGAGACUCGGAUGGAAACUCCUCAACCGCGUGCAAAACGCGUUUUAUUUUGUGAUCAAGACGCUGAGGUUGAUUUCGACCUUGAAAUGACAACUCCUCGACCGGAUAAAAAACACAUUCUAGUGUGUGAAGGCUCCUCGAAUGUGCACAAGAAAGUUGAUCUGUUGAAUAACACGUCUCACAUAUAUGAGGGACAAUUCUUUGAAGACAAAUUGUCUUUCAGGUUGGCUAUAGAAAAGAUAGCAUUGAAUAACACAUAUGGCUAUCGCAUAGUGAAAUCGUCUGGUAAUACCAUAGUUGCUCAAUGUCCAGUGAAUAGAUGCGGGUGGAUGGUUCGAGCUGUGAAAAAGGAUGGAGCUGGAGUUUUUUGUGUUCGAAAAUACAAGAGUGAACACACAUGUUCCAUUGAUGAUAGGAACAAAUAUGUUCGACGACCGCCUGCCAACUUGGCGAGUCACUUUUUGUAUGAAAAGGUGAAGGGAUCAGCCCGUGAGUUUAAACCUAAAGAUGUUAAGAAAAAUAUGUUGACCGAUUAUGGUUUUGACAUGACCUAUUGGCAAGCAUGGAAAGCGAAGGAAAAAGCCAUUGAUAUUGUUAGAGCAAGUCCUGAAAAUAGUUUCAAUUUUCUACCGGCUUACCUGGAAUUGAUUCAAGAAGCUAACUCAGGUACCGUUACCAGCUAUGUGGUUGAUGAAGAUUGUAGAUUUAAGUAUGCCUUUAUUGCAUUUGGUGCAUGUCUGAGAGGGUUCUGUUAUAUGAGAAAAGUGAUUGUAGUUGAUGGGACCUUCUUGACCGGGAAGUUCAAAGGAGUUUUGUUGGUCGCAGUGUGCCAGGACGGAAACAAUCAUAUUUACCCAAUUGCAUUUGGAGUUGUGGAUUCAGAGAACGUUGACUCUUGGGAAUGGUUCCUCAUGCAAUUGCGUUCGAGCAUUGAAGACAAUGAGAAUUUGGUCUUCAUAUCCGAUAGGCAUGCAUCAAUAUUAAGGACUAUAGCAAAGAUCUUCCCAUUGGCUAAACAUGGUAUAUGUGUGUACCAUUUGUUAAAAAAUAUACGGACCCGGUUCAAAAGUAGAAAGAUUGUAGAUUUGGUUAGGGAAGCGGCAAUGGCGUAUACAACAAGUCAUUUUGAUAGGGUAUUCGCUCAAAUACAUCUGGCAGAUGAGAGAGUGGCUAAAUAUUUGGAGGAUGUUGAUGUGAAGAUGUGGUCUCGUGCUUAUUUUAAAGGAUUGAGGUACAAUAUAUUGACAAGUAAUAUCGCAGAAUCGAUGAAUUCCGUGACAAGAGACGUUCGCGAUUAUCCGAUUGUACCUCUACUAGAUCACAUAAGAUCUAUCCUCACAAAGUGGUUUUGUGAGCGACGUACUCAGGCAAACAUAUGCACCCAGGAUUUUACGCCUGAAACUGUUGUCACAGUAGAGGACCUGUUGGAAAAAUCUCGUAAACUGCAAGUCCACAAUAUAUGCCCGGGACAAUACCAAGUGAAAGGAGGUCAGCAUGAACAUGUGGUCAACUUAGAUUGUUCGACCUGCACUUGCCGUGCAUUCGACAUCCUUAAGACCCCAUGUGUUCACGCGAUCGCCGCAGCUACUCGGUCUCAGCUGUCCAUACAGAUACUUAUUGAUCCAUUUUACUCGACUAAAUUUUGGAGAUUAGCCUACGAAGAUAGUAUUUAUCCGAUUGGUGUUCCGAUGGAAGACUGGCAGGUUAGUGAAGAUGUUGCGGACGAGAUUUGUGGUAAUCCAAUAGUAAGACGGCCAAUUGGGAGACCGAAGAAAAAAAGAAUACCGUCAGCUGCGGAGAAAUAUUCAAAGAAGACUCAGAGAUCCCACCGAUGUACCAGAUGUGGUAAAACGGGACACAAUAGAGCCACUUGCAAAGAAGCCAUUUGA